AUGAUUGUGGACUUCAGGAAGAGCACUGUCCCCCCGCCCCCACCUUCCAUGAUGGACUCCCCCAUCACCUCUGUGGAGUCCUUCCGUUUCCUGGGCACCACCAUCACCCAGGACCUCAAGUGGGAGCCGACCAUCAGCUCCCUCAUCAAGAAGGCCCAGCAGAGGAUGUACUUCCUGCGGCAGCUCAGGAAAGCCAAGCUGCCUGCACAGAUGUUGGUGCAGUUCUACACGGCCAUCAUCGAGUCCAUCCUCACCUUCUCCAUCACCUCCUCCAUCACCUCCUCCAUCACCUCCUCCGUCACCUCCUCCAUCACCUCCUCCAUCACCUUCUCCAUAACCUCCUCCAUCACCUCCUCCAUCACCGUGUGGUUCGCUGGAGCCACAGUCAGGGACAAACAGAGACUACAGUGCAUUGUGCGCUCUGCAGAGGAAGUGAUCGGCCGCAGCCUUCCAUCGCUGCAGGACCUGCAGGAGACUGCGGUCCAUCAGGACUAG